AUGGGAGAACAGGUGCUGUCCAAGAAGCCGAGCCCCGCCGUCGUGGCUUCGGUCUCGGAGCUCAUUGGCAACACCCCGCUCGUCAAGCUCAACAGGAUACCCCAGUCGCUGGGCAUCGAGGCCGAUAUCUACGCCAAGGUCGAGCUGUUCAACGCCGGCGGGAGUGUCAAGGACCGGAUAGCCCUGCGCAUGGUCGAGGAGGCCGAGAAGAGUGGGAGGAUCAAGCCUGGUGAUACCUUGAUUGAGCCGACCAGUGGAAACACCGGCAUCGGCAUCGCCCUCGUCGGCGCCAUCAAAGGCUACAAAACAAUCAUCACCCUCCCCGAAAAAAUGUCCGCCGAAAAAGUCGCCGUCCUCCGCGCCCUCGGCGCCACCAUCAUCCGCACCCCGACCCAGGCCGCCUGGGACGCCCCCGAAUCCCACAUCGGCGUCGCCCGCCGCCUCCAGAAGGAGAUCCCCAACGCCCACAUCCUCGACCAGUACACGAACCCCAACAACCCGCUGGCCCACGAGUUCGGCACCGCCGAGGAGAUCUGGGAGCAGACGGGAGGCAAGAUCUCCGCCAUCGUCGCCGGCGCGGGGACUGGUGGUACCAUUACCGGUUUGGCUAGGGGCUUGAAGAAGCAUAACAAGGAUGUCAAGGUUAUUUCUGCUGAUCCUCAGGGAAGUAUCCUUGCGCUUCCUGCGAGCUUGAAUGAGGAGCACCGCGAUGAGCCUUACAAGGUGGAGGGCAUCGGUUACGAUUUCAUCCCCGACGUUCUCGACCAGCAGAUUGUCGACAAGUGGUACAAGACUGAGGACCGCGAGUCCUUCCAGCUCGCCAGGCGCCUCAUCGCCGAAGAGGGUCUCCUAGUUGGCGGUAGCUCCGGCUCUGCCAUGGCCGCCAUGAUCCAAGCCGUCAGGGACUACGGCUUCGGCAAGGGCGACGUCGUCGUCGUCAUUCUCCCAGACAGCAUCCGCAACUACCUCUCCAAAUUCGCCGACGACGACUGGCUCGCGGCGAACAACCUCCUCGCCCCCUCGGUGGACGACAAGGAGAAGGCCGCCGGCAAGCCAGCAGGCGUCCCUACCUCCGACGAUCCCUACGGUGGCGCCACAAUCAAGGCUCUCCGCCUCAAGCCCGUCACCUCCAUCGCCGCCGCCAGCCCCUGCUCCGAAGCCAUCGAGACCAUGCGCGACAAGGGUUUCGACCAGCUCCCCGUCCUCGGCCCCGGAAGCAAGCUCGUCGGCCUCGUCACCCUCGGUAACCUACUCAGCUACAUCUCCCGCGGCCGCGCCACGCCGCAGAGCCCCGUCAGCGAUGUCAUGUUCGACUUCAGCCGCCUCGACGAGGUCGUUACCGACCCGCGUGAUCUGCCUUCCCAGGAGGCCGGCCAUGGCAAGCAUAGGAAGUAUGUUGAGAUUACUGUCGAUACGCCACUUAAGACGCUUAGCAAGUUCUUGGAGUGGAACAGUGCUGGCGUUGUGACUGAGAGGACGCCCGGUGAGGAGGCCAAGUUUAAGCCUGUGGCUGUGGUGACGAAGGUGGAUCUUUUGACUUGGAUGGUGCAGCAGAAGGCGUAA